UCCUAACCUUUUUACCUUGUAUAUAAGUUUAGUACCGUACGUAAUAAUACGUUCAUAAACAAAUCCUUCACACGUUGUACGGGUCGAUGUGUGCAUUUACAAAAUGACGGAAUCAACAAGUAUUAUUGCAAGUAGGAAUCGCGAGUGUACGGCGUGUAGAGUUGUAAGUGGUUCUGGUCUCAUUGGAGCUGGUAUUUACGUCGCUUACCAUUCACAAAAAUUAAAUAAACUACCAGGAAAAGUAAUGAUGUUCGGUCUAGCUGCAACAAUCGGAGGAUUAGGGGUGGCGAGAAUUUGGGAUCUGCCACCGUUUCGACAUCAAUUUUCUACCCAAUAAUUAUUCGGUUACGAAUUGUUGAUGAUGUAUUACAGUUGUGUUUUCUAUUUAUAUUUCAUGUCAAGUCUAAUUUUGUACAGUUUUGUGUAAGGCCCCUAAAUAAACUAUUAGAUUAUUGAUAAAUUUCUGGGUAUUCAAAAAUGCAAGUUUUCAUUACCUACAUGUAUGUUGUCUACAACUGAUAAUUUAAGAUUUGUACAAAUACUCAGGAUUUAGUAACUAUUUGUGUGGAGUUA